UGUUAGUUUUAUAAGAUGGUAAAUGUUUUGAUUGGAUGCACAGGAAGUGUGGCCACAAUAAAAUUACCAAAUUUAAUAAAUAUGCUUAAAGAAAGCCAUAAGGAUUUGAAGAGUAAUAUAGAGGUAAGGAUAGUUGUUACUGAAGCAGCAAAACAUUUUAUCAGUAAAAAUGAAUUGCCAAGCAACAUAAUAGUAUAUGAAGAUGCUGAUGAAUGGUCUGCAUGGUCGAAACGCGGAGACCCUGUACUUCACAUUGAAUUGGGCAAGUGGGCUCAUAUUUUUUUAAUUGCACCUUUAGAUGCAAAUACUUUAGCAAAAAUAUCAAACGGCUAUUGUGAUAAUUUAUUAACAUGUGUGGCAAGAGCAUGGGAAAGAAGAAAACCCCUAAUAUUUUGUCCAGCCAUGAACAGCAGGAUGUAUGAACAUCCAUUGACAUCAAAACAAAUUUGUCAACUUAAGACUUGGGGUUAUUAUCUUGUUCCAGUUGUUGAAAAGACUUUAAUGUGUGGAGACACAGGAACUGGUGCAAUGGCUGAAAUAAAUACCAUUGUUUCAACUGUCCAAACCUUCUUUACAUAAGGGUACCAACAUUAUAUAUUAGUAAUUCUUGUUAUUAAAGUACAGUAAUUUUUUGUUGAUAAAUUAUCGCGAAAUAGUUUUCAGUGUAAGCAGUAUUUUAUUAAUGAAUUAAAAAAACAGGAAGCUGCUAGGAAAAGCUGUACAAUUCUGAAUUCUAAUUUUUAAAACAAGUUGUUAUAAACCAU